AUGCUAGGGUCUUCAUACCGCCCCGCCUGCGGUGUACAGACACCCCAGCAGCAGCAGCAGCAGCAGCAGCAGCAGCAGCAGAAGCAGCAGCAGCAGAUUCAAGUUUGGCUGUCUCUUUCUCUAGCGGGACUGCUGACACAGCACAUGCGCAUCAUGAGGCGAAGCAGCAGAAGCGAAAGCAGCGGCGACUGCAGCGGCAGCUGCAGCAGCAGCAGCAGCAGCAGCAGCAGCAGCAGCAGCAGCAGCAGCAAUACCUCCUGCUGCAUUCGAAGUUCUUCUUGCUUCCUCCUGCUGCGGCGAACACCAAAGAACUGCAUAUGGCCGUCAGCCCCUCUCUGCACUUUUGGGAUCUGCUGCGCGUCGCAGCGCUCUAUCACGCUGUCGGGGCGCCUGCAGCAGCAGCAGCAGCAGCAGCAGCAGCAGCAGCAGCAGCAGCAGCAGCAGCAGUGUUAG